GGCAAGAACAGAAAACCACGCGCCCUGCAGGGGUUCUUGCCCUCGCCUGGCUUAUAUAAACCCAGCCCCUCCUGCCCCCCUACUACGCAGUGCAUACAUCCUCACCACACUGCACCAUCAUUGCAUUAGCAAGCAGUGAAGCACAAAGCACAAACAAAGCAAGCCGAUCGAAUUAAUAGGUGCAGCAUAGUGCUCGAUAGCUUGCUCAGCAGCAAGCAAGCAAGCUAGGUAGCCGUGUGAGGUUGGUCGAUCGACGAGAUGAAGAAGGGAGCAAUGGCCUCAUUGGUCCCUCUGGUUGUUGCGCUCCUCUUGUGCCCGUCGUCGUCGCUGGCAAUGGCAUCCGGCGCCGGCCCUGCGCAGUGGGGGAAGAAGCUGGACCCGCACUUCUACGACCAGUCGUGCCCUCACGCGCAGCACAUCGUGGCGUCCAUCGUGGGGAAGGCGCACCACCAGGACCCCCGCAUGGCCGCCUCCCUCCUCCGCCUCCACUUCCACGACUGCUUCGUCAAGGGCUGCGACGCUUCGCUGCUGCUGGACAGCAGCGGGUCCAUCGUGAGCGAAAAGCGGUCCAACCCCAACCGGGACUCCGCCAGGGGCUUCGAGGUCAUCGACGAGAUCAAGGCCGCGCUCGAGGCUGCCUGCCCGGCCACCGUCUCCUGCGCCGACAUCCUGGCGCUUGCAGCCCGCGACUCCACCGUCAUGACUGGCGGCCCUGGGUGGAUCGUGCCGCUGGGGCGGAGGGACUCCCGUGGCGCUAGCGUGCAGGGCUCCAACAACGACAUCCCUGCUCCCAACAACACUCUCCCCACCAUCAUCACAAAGUUCAAGCUCCAGGGCCUCGACAUCGUCGACCUCGUCGCACUCCUCGGUAGCCACACCAUCGGCGACUCCCGGUGCACAAGCUUCCGGCAGCGCCUGUACAACCAGACGGGGAACGGCCUCCCGGACUUCACCCUGGACGCGUCCUACGCGGCCGCGCUACGCCCGCGCUGCCCGCGGUCGGGGGGUGACCAGAACCUCUUCUUCCUCGACCCCGUCACGCCCUUCAAGUUCGACAACCAGUACUACAAAAACAUCCUCGCCUACCGUGGCCUCCUCAGCUCCGACGAGGUGCUCCUCACCGGCAGCGGAGCCACCGCUGACCUUGUCAAGCUCUACGCCGCCAACCAGGAUAUCUUCUUCCAGCACUUCGCGCGCUCCAUUGUCAAGAUGGGCAACAUCUCGCCGCUCACCGGGGCCAAUGGCGAGAUCAGGAAGAACUGCAGGAGGGUCAACCACGCCUGAUCGAUUAUUAUGUGACCCCUCUACUGUUUGGUUGCUUGGUUUGUUGAUUCAGUGGCCCCAGCUUCCUGAGGUUUAUUAUUUGUUUCCUUCAAACUCUAUGGAUUUCCCUUGUCCAUCUGUUGUUUUCUUUCAAAAUUGUUGACCUUGUUAGAGGAAUCCAUUUCAAUUGCAGCACGGAUUGGAGGUGCAUUAUAAUUAAUGUUUGUUAUGUAUCAGUUUCCGGUCAAGAAAAUUUGGUGAAUAAACUAGAAUUUUUAGCCAGUA